AUGGGUGAUCUUUACGUCCCUAACACUGCUAAAGCGGCUGAUCUUUACGUCCCAAGCACUGCCAAAGUGGCAUUUGUGAGUGGCGCCAACGGCAUCAGUGGCCAUGCCAUUGUGGAGCAAUUGAUCCGAAAGCCCAAGACGGAAUGGCGCAAGAUCGUGAUUUCUUCUCGUCGUACCCUGCCGAACUACUGGAUUGAUCCUCGGAUUGAAUUUGUUGCUGUGGAUUUCCUUGACCCGAAGGAGCAAGUUGCAGCAAAACUCGAGAAUAUCUGCAGAGAUGUGACCCACGCUUUCUACACCUCGUACAUCCAUGAGGAUGAUUUCAAGUUGCUCAGGGAUAAGAAUGUCCCGCUCUUCAGGAACUUCAUUGAUGUCAUCGACGCCGUCUGUCCCAACUUGGAAAGGGUGUGCCUUCAGACUGGCGGUAAGCAUUACGGUGUCCACCUCGGUCCGGUUCAGGUCCCUCUUACCGAAGACAUGCCUCGUUACGACGACGGAGGCUACAACUUUUACUACGCCCAAGAAGACUACAUGUUUGAGGUCCAAAAGAGGCGGGGCACCUGGUCUCACAACAUCAUCCGCCCGAACGGAAUCAUUGGGUUCACUCCCCACUCCAACGGCAUGUCGGAAGCCUUGACCAUUGCUCUGUACUUCCUCAUCUGCCGAGAGAUCGGCGAACAAGGAAUGUUUCCUGGCAACAAAUACUUCUACGACUGCAUUGACGACAUGUCAUACGCCCCCAGCAUCGCCGACAUGUCCAUCUGGGCGGUGACGCAAGACCACUGCAAAGAUGAAGCCUUCAACCACUGCAACGGCGAUGUCAUCGUCUGGCGGUACUUCUGGCCGCAACUCGCCAAGUACUUUGGCUUGCACGUCCCGGAGCUCAAGUUCGAGAAGACCAAGGAGAAGGCGAACACGCUGGACAACGAGCUCGACAUGUAUGAGUGGGCCAAGGAUAAGAAGCCGGUCUGGGAGAGGAUUGUGAAGAAGUACGGCGGAAACCCGCAAGCUAUCGAGUGGGGCACCUGGGGCUUCUUCAUGUGGACGACGGGCAAGAGCUGGCUCACCAUCGGAACUACUGCGAAGGCACGGAAGUUCGGCUGGAACCGCAUCGAUGACACGUAUGAUUCGUGGAUCGAGACGUUCCGGUCUUUGGAAAAUGCUGGCAUUCUUCCUCGCAUGAGAGACGUUGUUGCUAAUGGGAAAUAA